GAUCGGACUAGUCAUGGCUGUGAUGCACUGGCACUUGGCCCACAUGACUCAACUAGUCCAUACCAUGGAGAAAAGAGACAAGUGUUAUGCCAAUGGAGUCAAACUAAGCAAGCUUUCCCAAGGAGGUGAUGAUACAGUAACAUCAUUGGAGAUGUUUUUCUCUGGUUACCAAAGUAUCACAGGAAUGAAAUUCUUCCCGAACUUGACUAUGCUAAUUCUAAUGGGACAAGAAAUUGCUAAGAUUGAAGGACUUUCAACCUGCAACCACUUGAAAGAGUUGUGGAUUUGUGAAUGUAAAGUCAAGGUGAUUGAAGGAUUGACUGCAUGCAGGAAGCUGGUUAUCCUACACCUGUAUAGUAAUUGUAUCAGCCGAAUCACCAACAUCGGUCAUCUCAAAGAUCUUGAAGUCCUUGAUUUGGCUGAAAACAUUAUUGCUAAUAUCGAGGGGACUGGUGCACUUGUUCAACUUCGUAGCCUGAAUUUAGCAGCCAACAGAAUUGAGAAAAUAGGGCAUUCUUUAGAUGUUAACAGCAACUUGGAAGUGUUAAACCUGUCCGGGAACAACAUCAGCUCAUUUAGAGAACUUACUCACUUGAUAAGGCUUCCGAAGCUGAAACAUUUGGGCUUAAAGGACCCAUUGUAUGCUCCAAACCCUGUGUGCUUCCUGUGUAACUAUUCAACACAUGUUCUGUUUCACCUGCCCUUCCUUGAGAGAUUGGACUCGUAUGAUGUUUCCAGUAAGAGUCUGAGAGAAAUGGCAGAGGCUACAGUUGUGAAAAAGAAGAUGUACUACAAUAUGCGCAUCAAAACACUUCAGCGUAUACAAGCAGACAUGAUACAUCGCAUCACUCGAGAGAAGCGGCAUCUUACACAUGGCACCAAGGACAGACUGAGAACUCUAAGCUUUAAAAUUAAAGAGAUUCAAAGAUACAUAACAGAAGCUGGAAGUUCCACAGUGACUGUCAGGGGGACCAACUGGGAGUUUGAAGAGGAGGAACAAGUUGGAAGUGGAACUGAAAGUGAAACCCAAGAUAUGAUGCAAACCACUGCAUCUAUUGUCAGUAGGCUUCAGAGCAAGUUACAAGCUUUAGAGGAUCGCAAACUAACUUGCACACAAAUCCUUCAGGAGAUGGAUACAUAUUGCAAUGAAGCAGUUUUACAUGUAAAACAUUCCACAAGGAUUUCCUGUAAAAGAUUGGUUGCUGAGCUUGAAAGUGGAGGAAAUGUCAGAUUUGAAGAAGGCCAUUCAGCAAAUGCAUGGUUCUCAUCUUGUCAUGACCUUAUCCUCUCACGGUUCUGUGCUGCUGAUUUCAAAGUCCACAACAUAGUUGGUAUCAAGAUUCACACUAUCACCAGAGUUCACAACAGAAUGCUGCAAUAUCGCUUUGAUAACAAGCUGAGUGCCAGUGUUGAGGAAGAGGAGUCACUUACUGUAAGCAGAGCGCCAACACUCAAGAGACUUCAGGAGUACUUGUUCUUUGUUUGGGACCCUGAUUUACCAGGUGGAGAAGAUGAGCCAAUGAAGAUCCUUGAAGAAGGGCCUUUGGACGGUGAAACAUAUCGUCAACUUGGUCUUGAUGGGGCAAUACCUCUGUCUAACAGCCUGAGCUUGUGUGAUAAACCAAGGAUAGAAUCAGCCAUCAACAAGGCAGUGAAAGGGCCAUGCCUAGACCCAUGCCCAUUUAGAUUUGGCCAGUUGGUGGUGUGUAAGGUCUACUUGGGAAGGAGUCUUCCUGCCUUGGAUGUGAAAAUGAAGAUAACCAAGCAGUUAUAUCCAAAUGCUGACUCGGUUUUCCGUCCCAAGAACUUCAGUCUUGAAGAGAAUCAGCCACAGUGUGAAUGUUUUGCUCGACAGUGUGAAUGGUUCAUCUUUGACCAUGAACUUGUACUUCCAGAAUAUGUCAUUGACUUUGAGUACAUGACAAAGGAGAAACCACCUUCUCCAUUUAUUGAUGUGAGUAAUGCCAAAGCAGAGGAACAGAAGCUGAAUGAUCAGAGUAUUGACACUGAUGUAUUGAAUUUGGACCCAGUAAUUCAACUAAAGCCACGGUUGGUUUCUUUAACUGAAGAUAUCUUGCUGCAAAUAAGUGGUGCAAGAUCCCUUACCUCAAUCACAGUUCUUAAUCUUCAUGGCAAUGGAUUAACCAAGCUGAAGUACGUAUCAUUGCUGACAUCCCUGCAGAAGUUGAUUGUCAGUUUUAACGAGUUGUCCAAGCUGGAAGACUUGGCACACAUGCCACAAUUGGAGCUGAUUGAUGCAAGUUUCAACAAGCUUUACACGUUGGAUGGAUUCAGAGGUAUGAGUAAAUUGAAGUGCCUGGACAUUAGCUGGAAUGAGCUGACAAACAUGAAAGAUGACUUGUCAAUUUUAAGGAAACAUGCAACAGGUUUAACCUGCCUCGACCUGAGAUAUAACAAAUGGCAAAAGCCUGAUGGUGUUAGACUACGUACCAUAGGACGCCUCAAAUCCUUAUCCAUGCUUGAUGGACAGGCAGUCACUGAAAGUGAAGCUACUGCAGCUUUGAGAAUGGCUGCUGGGUCUCGCGUGUCACAAGUAUCUCUGCUUGCCCAUACGAGGACUGAUACCAUUAGGCCAAGAAGUCUCAGCCUAGCAUCCUGUGCUCAACUCUUGACACAGAUAAGUCGUCAGAAGCCAGAUAGAUUAAGUGAGAAUGAUGGCAACUGGUACAGUAAGGUAACCACCCUUAAUUUGGAUGGCCAGCAUAUAAGUAAAUUGUCCAAUUUGGAGAGACUAGUGAAUCUUCGAUGGGCUUCUUUCAGUGAUAAUGACCUAACGAAGAUAGAAGGUUUGGAUGAAUGCAUUCAACUGGAGGAACUUGCUCUUGAGGAUAACUGCAUUUAUAAACUGGAAGGCAUUAGUAAACUGACUAAGCUGCACACACUGAACCUCAGCUUUAAUAAUAUAUGCACACUUGAAGGAGCAGGAUUUGACAGGUUGACUCAACUCCAGUGUUUAACCAUCAGUAACAACAGAAUUGGAUCUCUCAAUGGCCUGGCACAUGUAAUGUCUCUGUUGGAGUUGUACAUCGGGAAUAACCUUAUCCAAAAUAUCCGAGAGAUUUUCAGUCUAAAGCAUCUUCCCAACUUUGUUAUUCUGGAUCUGUUUGGAAAUCCUGUAGCAUCAGCAGAAAAUUACAGGCUGUUUGUGGUGUAUCAUCUCAGGACAUUGAAAGCUUUGGAUGGCACUGCAGUGGAAUCCUCUGAAGGUGGAACUGCGAAGGAUAAAUUUGGUGGCAGGUUGACACAAGACUUUGUAGCAGAGAAACUGGGUCACUCAAACUUUCACGAAGUGCGGGAGCUAGACUUUCCUCAAUGUGCUUUUCGGCAGAUUGAUCUUGGGACAGGGGAGCACUUCAUAAACCUAAGAAGUGUGAACUUGGAGCAUAACAGUCUGCAGUCUUUCAGUGGCCUUGUGUACUUGUUGAACCUCAGGGUAUUAUGUUUGAAUCACAAUCACAUCGAGUGCAUUCUUCCACGUCCAAAGGCUUGUGUAAGUAAAGGAUUCUCAAGAGGAUUAAAAGAUGAUCUAACAGAUGUAUAUAGUCCGGGCAAUUUCACACCUAUUCUGGAAAACCUGGAAGUGCUACACCUGGGAUAUAAUGGAAUCACUGAUCUGGUCAAGCUUCAAAUCAGCAGAUUACCAUCUCUUAAGGCACUCUUCUUACAAGGAAAUGAGAUCAGCAAAGUAGAAGGUCUUGAUAGUUUACAAGAUCUCAGAGAGAUAGUGUUGGAUCGUAACAGAGUAAAGGAGCUCACAGAAUAUUCUUUCAUGAAUCAGUGGAACUUAGUGGAGCUCCACAUGGAAGAAAAUAGACUUCGUAAUUUAUCCCACUUGCAGUACCUCGAGAACCUUCAAAGGCUUUAUCUUGGAAGUAACAGAAUACAGGAUGUCUGUGAUCUGGAGAAACUUGAGGCCUUGCCAAAUCUCAUUGAGCUAUCUGUCAUCAGCAAUCCUGUAUCCAGAAGAUUGAUGCACCGUCCAAUGCUUGUAUUCAGACAACCCAACUUAUUGUGUAUUGAUGGUAUACCAGUGAGCUCAGAAGAGAGGACUAAAGCAGAGAUGUAUUUUCUUGAGCAGCAGCCUUCAACCUCGGGGACUUCCACACAGGAAACAAGCUUGCCAGGUAUUUCACCAUACAAAAACCAGGCAGCCCCAGUAAAAAUCACAAAUGUACAGCUCCAAGGGGCAUCAAUGGACAGAUUCAAUUGGGGCCAGCCUACCCAGCAUUCAACAGUCGAAGAGCAAAUGGGGUACCCACAAGACAGUUUGAGAGCUCCAAACAGAAGGCAGCGUUCUGUGCCAUCAGAUACGACCAUGUCCCCAACCACCAGUGGGGUGAGAGCAGUGCUGUCCAGCCACAUUCAAGGUCAUUCUAGGACCCAGUAUCAACCUCAGCAUCAAGUGCCAUAUGUACCUCAUCAGGGACACUACCAAGGAGGUGCUUCUCGUGAUGACGGAGGGGGUAAAGGUCUACUAAAAUGAGUGGAGACAUCACACGUCAUGACUGUGCUGUUUUCUACCUGUGACUUAACUCAGACCAUAGAAAAAUGGCAAAAUUGACAAUGGCUCAAAUUCUUCAGUUACAUAUAUUCAUGGCAAUUUCUUGGCUUGUGUCCCCAGAUUAUAAUAGGAAGCCAGGUUUGGUGCAUCAAUUUGAAAACAUUUUGUGCGAACAUGAUGUUGCAGGUCACUUACAUACUGUCUGCCAAUUAUCACUCACAUGUCCUACUAUUUAUUAGCAUAGUCUGUUGCUGCCUAAUUGCCUCCUGUGAUAGCGUUUUAUCUGGAGAUAGCACCCCAUAAUAUUGGUGGUUUGUGAUCAUGGAAUAAAUCACAGGGAAGCCUUGGAACCAAGAGUAAUAUACUAUCCAACAAUAGCCAUGCAUAAGAGCCGAUCACCUUAUAAAUGGUGCAAAGACAUGUGUUUAUCUACAGUGUCUAUAUGACACUGUUAAUGAUUUCCUCAUGGCACAAUUUAAUCAAGGCCUAUCUAUUUCCUUUAUAGGAAGCUCUCGUCUUGCAAUAAUGGCUGUUCUUGUAGGCUUUUUUGAUGGAUUACACCUUAAAACAUCUUCACCAGGGUAUGUUUAUGAAAUCAUGCAUUACUGCAAUAACUAUUCUGUUCUGAUGACUAUAAGGUCAAGCUCUGUUAGCCUUGACAGAGCCUCCCUUUGCCAACAUCUCUCUACUACUCUUUACAGUAGACAGUUUUCAAGUCGCAGCAGCUACAGCCAGGAGAUGUACAGAGUUGCCUGCCCUUACUAUAGAACAAGGUCAUAUAUGAUGGGAAUCACAUGGAGUGUGGCUAGUCCCUCGUAAAAUGAUCCUGGCAAAGAAUCAGCUGCCACAAAAGAUGUUCUAGAGUUAAACACCAUUUCUUUUAUCAGAGAUGACAACCUCUAAUACCCCAAACUGAGCUCAUAAGGGAUGAGAUUACUGAGCUGUUUAUCAUGACAGCUGAGCCUUUAUUCAGGGUAUCAUGGGGUACAAUCUCAUGGUGAAUAGUCAGACAUUCAAGGUUUCCACUCCAGAUUUGCCGGUACAUACACAAAACACUUCCCAUGCUCAUGACAUGAGAGCAAUGAUGACAAUAUGGGCAUUUUUUAAAAAAGGUAUCCCUUUGCCAACUUCAGGUAUAAAGCUGCUCUAAAAAAAUGUCACCCUUCUUCUUAUGCAAUCUGAAGGACAUUAUGUGAUCAGAAGGUCAAACAGGAUUAGCAGCCCUCAUGGCAGCCAUGGCAUCUCAUCCCACCCACCAGGGUGGGUUGACUGACUCCAACAAGCAGUUGACUGGAACUGCACAGCAGUUAUGUUUCUUUCUACCUAGUUUGAUAUUUGCCUACCUGUCAACUUCGGUGAGCACACAAGGAGGCAUACAUAUUCAGUGCAAACAUUGCUAAAUAUGAUGGUGAACUGGAGGUAAAAGUAUAGGCAUGGUAACAGGGAAGGGAGUCCUGAAAGUGAACUCUCCCAAAUCAAAGGUUAUUUUGGAGUCCAGAGGGGACAAUAACUGCCUUUGUUCCUUACAUACAACUCAACUGGCUAGGUUUACCCAAGCGUCUGAGACAGAAAAAGGGAAUGAAGGUACUAUAUGCGAGUACUUAAUUUUUGGGUAGGCACUGUUUACAGUGGUAUAAAACACUAGCAAAUAGCAGGCUUAGGCUAAAACUAUGCAAAUAUAAUACGUUAAGUAUUCCCCCCUCAUGGAAUGCUAAAUUGUCUUUGGUUUGGGAGCUUCCAUGGGUUCAUUUACACUGGGAGUGGAUAAAUGGCAGUAAGGUGAUCAGUUACUUUAUUUAGAAAGCUGAUUGAUUUUACAAAGACACUGAAAAGACACUGUGUAAUCUGUCCAGUCAGUGACCCCAUUAGGUAUAACACCACAGACAGGCACGGAGACUUUCUAAGCAACAGUGACCAUGCUUCCAUCAUGUCUUUCAUUCAUUCUGUGGGAGCCAUUGUUGUUGUUGUGAAAGUCUUUAACUUUAUGACUUGCAAACAGAACACGUUUUUGCAUUUUCUGUUUAAAAUUAAUGUACAAUGUUACAUGGCACACCAUUUUCUGAAUACAACUUCAUGUUUCCACUAGUUGGUAUACGGGCCCUUUCCUAUAUUCAUUCACACACUCUCCAUAUUUUUUCUAUCAAUUAUCAGAUACAUUCAGGUUGCUGAUCUUUCAGAAGAUUAAUAGGGACUUUCUGGAAAAGUAAUCCUCCCCUCGUUACUUUAAAAAUGGGUAUGAAAGGCAAGUACCAGUACACGCCCUUUCAGUUCCUUAAGAGAAACCAAAAUGUCACAAUCCCCCCUAGAAAUCUAUCCCUGCCAUGCUCAGAUAUUGGUAUGCAAUAAUUUCUCACACACUAAGUACCAGUGUAUAAAAUUUGUGUAAAAUUAAAACCUGUGACCAUGGAGAAGUGUUGGAAUUUAGUCCUCACAUCUGAGUCUAGAGCACUCCGAGUACUUUAGGUGCCAAAUCCAGGGCUGAGUUCAAGUACAUUGGUGACAAGUUUGAGUCCAAAGCACCAAACAUGAGUACAUCCAAGGCACAGUUUACAUAUUGACAAAAAAAUAAACUUUAUUUGUGUUUGUCAAGCAUUUUUUUGGGUCAAAAACUAUAGCCAAAAGAUAAAAAAUCAUGGACAACUGGGUAGAUGCCUAAGACAACUAUUUAGGUUGAAGAGUGAUGAAAAUCAUCCAACAUUGUGUCUAAGAAUUAUAAAAAUAAACAAAUAAAGUGUGAUACGUUAGAAAAAUUGCAUAUUGGAAAUCGCCAACAAAUUCAACUAUGAAAAGCUACAAGUGCAACAAAACCUUGGUCAGUGUUGGUCAAUGCGGGAAAUAAUGCGACGCUCACGGAGCAUAAGCUUGGCUCAUAUUAGCGCUCUAAUUUCCAUGGUAAGAGCUGCAGAGCAGAAAACUAGUCUAGCAUGUACAAUGUACUAGGAGCCUUCCUUGUACCCAGGGCACAGUAAGCAUUCUGUAUGUGUUAACAAGAGUGAAACUGCUGAGUCGUAUUGUGUUGUGUUCAAUGCAGUCUUCGCUCAUCACCCAGCAUCCAAAAAUGCAAUUGAUAAAAAGUGAAGUACUCAAAUGUUUUUCUCGAGUAUAAGGGUCGAGUACCUAAGGGCCAAGUAUGUAUACAAAAAAUCGUGUAUUGACUAUUAAGUUCAAUUAAUUUUCAAGUACUGAGUAUGAGUACUCUUACACUGCAAUGGAGUUCCUGUCUCUCACAAGCAGACUGUGUUUGAAAUGGAAAGGCCAUAUUACAUAUCAGUAUGAUAUGUAAUAUACUUACCACAGAGCACGUGUAGAUAUAUUUUUGUACCUACAUGUAUAUAGUCCAAGAGAUCUUGACUACAAAUAAUAGUUUCUUUUAUGUUGCUUUAUGCUUUGCUUCAAGGAUUUUGAAGACUUUCAAUUUUCAUGAGUGGAUUUCAGACUUCCUGAUUUGAAAAAGACAAAAAUGCAAAUGGACAAAUGUUUAAACUCAUUCUAUUUACUUGGGAGAGUACUUUGUUUCCAUUGCAGUCCUUGUAAAUGCAACCUUAUUGCUCUAUUUUUAUUCUUCCUUUUUUUUCAUAUGGUGGCUCUUAGGUUUUAGUCUGGAAGUGUGAGUAAUAAUGAGUAGGUUUGAUGUCGUAGAAGUAAACAUCAAUGGUAUGGUUAUUUUGCAAUUUUAAAUUGUAUUUCAUUGGGUGAUAUGGAGUUCUUGGCAGUAGGUGGGUGAGCAAAGUUUUCUUACGAAUAAUUUCAGUUAUGAAUUUUUGUGUCGACAGCUUCUUCCCAAAGUGAACUUGUCAGGAAAAGCAUUGAAGUUUUUAACUUCACUUUUCAGUUUGAUCAAAAAGCAUAUUCUAAACAGUUUUUAUACAUUAAAUAGGAGUACACCGUUACUCAAAAUUUGUUUCCAAUUAAACCCCAUUAGACCCUGUAAAAGUUUAAAAGGAAAAAAAAGUCAUUGGCCAGGUGUGUUUCUAAAGUCCAUUUGUUGGUCGUGUAAACCUUGAACAGUAUUUGAUCUUUGACAUUUGAUGACAUUGAUUAUGUUGUUUUUGGACAGGGCCAGCUUUGACAUUGCUAAAGGUUGUGUCAGUUCUUUUUGUAAACUUUCAGCGUCUGAAACCUACUGACAUAAUACUUGAUUUAGUAUUUGUAGUUGUGGCCAUGGCCCAGAUUUUGGGGCUGUGUGACGUUGUCCUUCUAUAACUCUGUUUUGCUAGCCAUAUAUGCAGGCACAUCGGGUGGAGCAAAUGCGUGUGUAAUAUGCAGUCAUUUGUCCAUUCGAUUUGUCUAAUUCUACCUGUGCCAGAAAUGGGGAGGGGGAUGAUAUGAAAAUUUGAAAAGGGGGGGACACAAUAUGACUCUAUAUAACAGUUGAUGUUAAUGAUUUUAUUGUACAUUUGUAUUCAGAAUGCCGUAUUUAUGGCCUAUUAUUUUCUCCUUACUUGAUGUUGAAUACAUUUUAGUUGUGGGAAGUCUGAAAAUUCUUUAAAUCUACUUAUUUUCUCACCACAAAAAAGUAGCCAUCAUUCAGUAGCCCAUCUCCCACCUCAAAAAGGGUAUGGGGGAUAUCCCUGUCCCGGGUGAUUUAGACCGAUGAAUUACACUGUUUUCGGGGAUAUAAUGAUUUUUUUCUGCUUAGGGGAGCACAGGGAAGAUCCCAAAGAUUCCCAUUCCUGUUUUUUGUAAGGAGAAAGGUCUCUCUGUGAAUAUUCUUCAUUUUUUCAGUUUCAAAUAAAUUUAUGUAAAUAAGUUUGAGGUAUUUCUGCAUUAAUGACACAUAAUGGAUACAAAUAUGGUGGCAAUUUAAACAAGACCUAGAAGAAAAAUGUAUAAUCAUUAAUUAGAAACUUGGGGAAUGAAAUCAAAAUAGAGUUUUAAUUGUCAGUUUUUGACAAAAAAAUUGUCUUUUUUUUAUGAUUGUUUCCUGCAAGUUCAGGACUAGACAAACCAUCUUUUUUCAAAGAGGUUAAAUUGUCCAAUAUCACGAUUUUUUCAAAUUGGUUUGGUCGGAUUUGUUGGGGUGUUUGUGUGUGCUAGCCUUACAUACCUAGUGUGGACUU